UUGUAGCUUAUUAAACUCAUCCCCUCCCUUCAUCAUUUGUCGCCUUAGUACAGCAUAUAAUAGUUUGAUUCUCAACAGUUGCCAAGCAGUCACAAAUUGUAGUGAAAUAUGCAGGGGCUGCAGCUGCUCAGCACCUUUAAAAAUUAGUCCACGAGGGUAUGAAACUACCUUUGGCAGCAGCUGGUAUCUCCAUUUUUCAUAUGGGUAAACUGAGGCACAGAAAGAUGAUGUGACUUUCCCCAAAGUACCCAGUAGGGCAGUGGCAAAGUUGGAACUAGAUUCCAGGAGUCCUGACUCCCAGCCCUUUACUUAAGCCACUAAAUAAUCCUUUCUACCAUCUGUGCAUCCUGACAAAGAUACCUUAUAGAAUGAUCCGUCAAAUAUCUAAUGACCCACUGUUUGCAAAACCUAAUUUCUCUGAAUGGAACAGAGUGGUCAUUUUAACAGAUCAAAGUAGAUCAAGUGUUGUUAGUUCACAAGUCAAGACAGUUCCUCCAAUUGCUGGUGCCAGAGACUCCCAGUCGUGAUGUGAAAACCCAGCUAUUUGGUCAGCUUCUGACCUAAUCACUGCUGUAGGAGGUUCUUAGCUGACCAUUUUGUUGGUGCUACAUGAGUCAGAAUGGACUCCAGCUCUCUCUCCUGCAGCUGUAUUAGCUCCUGCUAAGCUAGCAGAAGGAAGAUCUUUUUUUCCAUCGGCAAUGGGAACUCCAUACGUUCAGGAAGCAGAGAUCUGAGUAACUGGAGGCCAUUUUUAUGUAGACACCCUUUCAGCCGGAACUGCUCCUUAACUGACUCACUUUUAACGUGUAGUCUUUCUGUAUUCUAGAACCCCAGCUGUUUACCUUAUCUCAGGGCUUCUCAACCUGGAGUUUGUGAGCAGAUGCCAAGGGGUUGUGGCCAUGCUGCCCUCCCCUCGUGCUAAAAGGGAUGGAACGGAUGGACCCCAGUAUGGAAAAGAUUGAGAACUGCUACCUGCCCUGGUGAAGAAAAACCCGGCUGUGCACGUACAUACACAAAUAUUUCAUUCACCGGGUAACUCGGAUUUUAGCUGCUUUGCAGUAUGAUAAGCUAUAGCAAGAGAAAACUGACGGCUUGUUAACCAGAUAGCAAGGGGAUUAUAAGAGGAACUGGGCUCCAGACUUUCAGUUGGGUCACAGCUCUGCCACCGCUUGCGAAAUGAAGAUGUUUCAAAUUGUCAAGGUAAAAUGAAGAAGAGCAGCCUCGUGGUACCGCAGGACAGCUGAUUCCAGCGUUCUCCAUUUUCCCUGUACUUGCUGAGCGGGAAGCAUGGCAUUAAAGAAUGACAACACCUUGGGGCGCAUCGCUAGUAUCCCUCUGUUCAACUCGGCUUAUCAGAUUGCUGUGUUCACCUACGCGGACAUAAAAGGUACCCACCCUGUGGUGGGUUUCUUCCAUGACAUGGCAGAGCGCAGCGUGAGCACCAUGGUGGGGGUGGCUGUGAUGGCAGCCACUCCUGUCGUGCAGAGGCUGGAGGUGCCAAUAGCUGCAGUUAAUAGCUACACACUGAGAGGCGUGGCCGAGCUGGAGGCGAGAUUCCCCAUUCUGGAUCAGUCAGCGGACGAGGUCCUCGGGAAUUUGCGAGGCAGCCUGGCUGCCGGUAUGGAGCAGCUGCAGGCCCGCACCGCUGAGCGAGUGGGCUGGCUGAUGGAGCGGGCCAGCAGGGUGGUGGAGGACGUGAUGGACAUUGCGGCCUUGGGGGUGAACAUCGUCCUGAAUGCCAGCGUCAUUGGCCAAGUGCUGGAGCCCAGGGCCGAGGCAGCUCUGAGCCGCGUGGAGCAGAUUGCGAUCCACUAUCUCCCUGCCACAGAGGAAGAAACCAAAAGGCAGGUGCCAAGCCUCAGAGGCGUGAAGCAGAGCCCGGAAAGCGAGCAGACCUAUGCCAGGCGGCUGCAGCUUGUGAUUGCUACCUCUGCCCAGCGAGCGAACCGGAGAGCGUGGUCGUAUGCAGAAGAACUAUGGCGUUUGAUGCUCCGGGCCCUGAACCAGCUGUUGGAGUUUGCUGUCGAGUUCUUCAAGCCUCCUUCAAUCGCCGCCUUGCCGAGAGCGCACAGAAGCCGAUGCUUAUUGGUGUCUCUGCAGACACAGGACUGGUGUUACCUCCGUACUGCAGGAGGCCUUUUGAUCAAUUAAUUUGCCUGAAGUCUUCCAGAGAUCUGCCUGAUGGAGCUGAUUUUCCAAGAUCCUCAAUCCUCCCAGCGGCUGUUGAGUUCAGCUGCAUUUGUCGGUGCCCAGCCUCUCUAAAGAGCAAGCCCCAGGCCUCUUCUCUAUCUCCCUGUUCAGAGGCUGCUCGACCCUUCCUGGUAGGGCCAGGUGGAGGUGACCCCAGUCCAUAAAUGUUACAGUGGAGUUAGAGGUGAAUUGGAGCUGCAGAAUUCAGAUCCAAAUCCGGACUCCCCCCAGGGUUGGGUUUCAGCCCGUUCCGGAGUUGAGGGACACCUGCUGAACUUCCCCGCAGCCUGGAGGUGUUUGACUCCAGGCCCAGGCUCCAUCCCACUCUCCCUGGUCCUGUCAUUUACACCAAUGCAGUGUGCUUGUCGAACGCUGCCAUUCUGAGCCUGUGGCAUUUCACACCUGCUCUGCAUAGUUUAAACGACAGCGGCUGGUGCAGAGACUCAGGCCCCUGGUGUAUGGGAGGUAAUGACUGCUGCUAGACAGGGCAGUGUCUGGAGAGCCAGGGGCCCCUUUGUAACUGGGAAGCCAGAGCCCCAUGCACCCAGCUGUUUACCCAGAAUUGCAUUCCACUUUAACUCCUGGUAGGUCAGUAGAUACUUAUUGGGCACGAUACUUGGUCAGUGGCCCUCUGUGCUUGGCUCCUAACAGAGCACAUGCAUGAUGGACAUUGUCCAAGCUCACCCUUCCCCACUGCUGGUCAUCCUCUUUCAUUAAGGUAACAAAACCCUCAGGUAGGACUGUGCUUAUCAUGAUAAACCUUAGCCCCCCUCCCUCCUAAGCAGGCUCGUUACAUCUCAUCCCUGGAGGCCCUCUUCUAGUGCUCCCUUCACUCCCAGACUCUCAGCCUUUAUGUUGUUGAACAGGCUUAAUCAGGCCUCACCUGGUCUGGCUGAAAGGGUGAGUCAGUAGAGUAGCUCUGCACCUCCAUACAAGGUUCCUGUUUAAUGCCCUAAACCAGAUAGAACAGAUCCUUUGAUUCACCUCCCAUGAUCCAAAAGGGCCCAUUGUUUCUUGAUAUGGCAGCUUUGGGGGAAUUGGUGAACAGGGAUGUCAAAUAUAUGUCCAUCAGCACCAGAAUGGGACCCUACAUUUUUUAUGUGAUCUGAGCUGCUUUUAACGUCUAUCUUUCCUUGCAUGUUAUUUUUUUAUAAUGUUCUUUGCACAGUCCUCAUUUAGAGACACCCUCAGAUCUCACACACCCCAGUCCCUAUUGGAUUAGGAGACUGGGCCUGAUUCUGAUCCCUGGGGCAAACCCAGAGUCACUCUCUGCAUUGGAUUUACACCAGUAUAGGAGAGAUCAGAGCCUGGCCUGUAGCUGCUACUGCGCUCUUCCAAAUCCAGAGCCUUUCUGUAACAUCCUGGAAAUGCUGGGAGCUGAGCUUUGUUCUGCUGUGUUGCCCCCAGCAAAGGGAAAUGACCGCAUCUCUGUGACUGCUCAGCCAGUUGGGAGGUUAGCAGAUUCCUGAGCUGAUGCUGACUAAGGGGACAUGGUCUCUGCCCUCGCUCAGUUCCCGGAGCUCUGGGUCACGCUGUAGCCUGCGGGCUCAGGGGAGAACGUGUGGGCUGCCACACAGAGGGGUAAGUGCUAUUCCAGGGCAUUUGCUUCAGUGUAUGGACUCCGGUGUAAAACCAA